UCUUAUUUCAGAAUAUAUAUAUAUUUAUUAAUUAGUUUUGUUAAUAUGUCUUAUUUUAGAAUAUAUAUAUUUUAUUAGUUUUGUUAAUUUUGAUAAUAAUGUGUGUUUAUUAAUUUUAUUAUAGGAACAAAUUUGUAAUUCUAAAACAAUGGCUACUACGGGUGGUAGUUCUAAUGAUAUACCUGAUGAUGAUUUUGAUGAGAACAAACCAUUGUGGUAGUAUAUAACUAAAUUAGCAAAACCUGGGGAAGGAGGAGGAAAUUGCCAAUUACAAUGUAAUUUUUGUAAUAAUACUUUCAAAGGUUCAUAUACAGGAGCAAGGGCACACCUAUUAAAACUACCAGGAAAGGGAAUUGGUGUUUGUAAGAAAAUUACAAGUCAAAAACUUUCACAAUUGCAAAAUGAGAAUGAUGCUGCUGAAUUGAGAAUUAAAAAUGCUUAUCCCAAAAAUGUACCACUGCCCCCUUCUAGUGUAUCAAUUGGUAGUAGUUGUGCUUAUGAAUCAAAGAAAAAGAGCACAUGUGCAAGUGGGAGUGGAAGUGCGCUUGGGAGUGGGAGUGGGAGUGGGAGUGGGAGUGCUAUUGAGAAAGCAUUCAACAUGAAGGAUAGAGAGCAAUUACAUUUUGAAAUUGCUAGGAUGUUCUACUCGCGCGGGGGGAGGGGAGGGGGGUACCAUUUAAUCUUGCAAGAAAUCCUUACUAUGUUAGCUCUUACACAUUUGCUGCAAACCAUAAUAUUUCUGGAUAUUUGCCUCUCGGUUAUAAUUUGUUAUGAACCACAUUACUUCAAAAGGAGAGGGCAAAUAUUGAUAGAUUGUUGCAACCAAUUAGGGGCACAUGGAAGGAAAAAGGGGUGAGCAUUGUUAGUUAUGGUUGGAGUGAUUCUCAAAGGAGGUCUUUGAUUAAUUUUAUGGCGGUGAGUGAAAGUGGGCCUAUGUUUAUUAAGGCAGUUGAUUGUUUUGGAGAAACUAAAGACAAAUAUUUUAUUGCAAAUUUGAUGAAAGAAGUGAUUAAUGAGGUUGGGGCUAGUAAUGUUAAAGUCAUCACGGAUAAUGCUCAUAAUUGUAAGGCAGCUGGACAACUCAUUGAAGCUCAAUUCUCUCAUAUUCUAUGGACUCCUUGUGUAAUGCACACAUUAAAUCUAGUUUUGAAAAAUAUUUGUGCGGCAAAGAAUAUUAAGAGGAAUGAGGUCACAUAUGAAGAGUGUAGUUGGAUUAGUGAUAUUGCCGGAGAUGGUUUGAUGAUUAAGAAUUUUAUCUCUAAUCACUCAAUGCGAUUGGCUAUGUACAAUGAAUUUGUGUCAUAGAAGUUGCUAUCGGUUGCCGAAACACGAUUUGCCUCCACUAUUGUGAUGCUCAAGAGGUUGAAGCUUAUAAAACAUGGGCUUCAAGCAAUGGUAAUUAGUGACAAGUGGGAUUGCUAUAGAGAGGAUGAUGUUGGGAAGGCAAAAUUUGUAAAAGAAAAUAUUUUGGAUGAUGUGUGGUGGGACUACAUUGAUUAUAUUCUUUCGUUCACGGGUCCUAUAUAUGACAUGCUUAGGGUUUGUGAUACGGACAAACCUUGCCUUCACUUAGUGUAUGAUAUGUGGGACACAAUGAUAGAGAAAGUGAAGAUGACAUUAUAUAGGCAUGAAGGGAAAAGAAUAGAUGAGGAAUCUACAUUUUACAAUGUGGUACAUCAAAUUCUCGUGGAUCGUUGGAAUAAAAACAAUACUCCUCUCCAUUGUAUGGCACAUUCAUUGAAUCCAAAAUGUUAUAGUGAUGAGUGGCUCUAUGAGGAUCAAAAUAGAGUUCCUCCACAUAGGGAUGAAGAGGUGACACGUGAGAAGAACAAGUGUUUUAAGAGGUAUUUUGAAGAUAUCACAGAGCGAACCAAGGUGAUAAUUGAGUUUGGAAAAUUUUCGGGUUAUGUUGAAGCAUUCUCGGAGUAUGAUUCCAUUCAUAAUAGGUGGCACAUGGACCCUUAUACUUGGUGGUGUGCAUAUGGUGCAUAUGCACCAUCUCUUAAAAAACUAGCUUUGAGAUUACUUGUGCAACCCGCCUCUUCAUCUUGUUGUGAGAGAAAUUGGAGUACUUACUCCUUUAUUCACUCAGUGAGAAGGAACAAAAUGGUCCCUCAAAGACCGGAGGACUUGGUGUUCAUUCAUAGCAAUCUUCGUCUUUUAUCAAGGAGGAGCUCCCAAUACUUGCAAGAAGAGACAAAAAUGUGGGACAUUGCUGGAAAUAAUUUUGACUCACUUGAAGAUAUUGGAAUGCUUGGGAUAGCUAACCUCUCACUUGAUGAACCGGCUAUGGAGGCGGUCCUAUUUACAGAUGAAGGAGAAGAUGGAGGUGGUGGUGAAGAUGUUGUAAUGGUUUCCUCUACUUAAAUUCACAUUUUCUGAUAUUUAUGGAUUUUGUAAUAGAUGAUAGUUGUUGGUACAUUGGAUAAUUUUAUAUUUUGUGGUUUGAUUUUCAUGCAUUUUGUAACAAAUGAUGGUUGGUAGCUUCGAAUGACAUGUUAUGUAUUGAUGGAAUGCAAUUUUAUGUUAUUUCAAUGUUUUUUUAAUUAUUUUUUAAUAAUUUUAUGACAUGUAAUAAAUAAAAUUAAUUAUAUAUAUUGAACGUGUCCCCAGCGUGUCGUGUCCCCCAUUUUUUGAAAAUUUGCGUGUCCAUGCUGUGUCUGUGUCGUGUCGCGUGCCCGUGCUUCAUAGUGUUUACAUCUCUGUCUUGUGCCAUUGAGCUAGGCAAAACCUAGCUCUGAUACCCACUUGACACAACGGAAUACGCAUGAAACUAGAUAUCGUUCUAGUGGACGAAGACUCUUGAAUCCACAAGCAAAAUAGAGUAACUUGAAAAUUAUAUUGAGAGAGAAUGCCUUUGCCUCUAGGCUUACAUAACUAUUUAUACUAGACAAAGUCUUGGUCACCAAGCAUACUUGGAUACCAAGUAAUAUAAAAGGAACUAAUUAACUAGGGCAGUACUAGUCUUGGUCAACAAGAAUACUUGGAGACCAAGUAUAGGAAAAUAUAAGAAAGUAAUAAAUUAAAAAGUGGGGUUGGCCUGAGGAUGAGAUUCUUGUGGCUUUUGAGAAGAAUCUGUGGUGUAUUGUGGCAUCAGAGCAUAAGCUCAUGAGUGAUGGAAUUUUUUUUCAAUAAAAUUGGUGGGAUUCUUCAUUUCUUGCAAGAAGUUCAAUACUUAUUGGUUUUAGCUUAGAAAAGAGGAUUGUUCCAAGGUGUGCAGUGUAUCAAGUAUUGUUGUCGAAAGGUUUGAUUAAGAACAACAGUUUUAACUUGACAACUAUGUUGACUAAACCUGAAAAGUGGUUCCUAACAAAGGUUGUCAACUGUCAUGGGGAAGAAGCUCCUGAGCUAUUGAAAUUGUAUAAGGAAAAGUUGGCUCUUGCAAAGCAAAUAGCAUAUGGGCAUGUAGAUGAGAGUGGUUAAGGAUGUUUCUUUUGAUACCAACUCAACAAAAAAUUGCCAUGUUGUUUUGCUUCUCCUGGUUUAACUCUGGUUAUUGAAUUAUCUCAUUUUGUCAUCUGUAAGCAAGUUUGAGUUCAAUUUUUUUACUCUGACAAAUGGGAUUUGAAGGUUCACAUUGCUGCAUUGAAUCUUUAUCAUUCUGUAUUGGCUGAGGCUUGAAGCAGUGUACCUAUAUCUGAAGAUUAGCCAACUCCUUAAUGCUGCAUUCAUCAUUUGAGUAACCAUUGCACAUUAACAGUGAUAAUGUAGAUUGUUGUGUCCAAUAAAUUGUUGAUGUUAUGCCUAUGAGAUGUUAACACUGUGUUGGUAAGAUAAGCCAUUGUAACUUUUUGGUUGGGCUAAUUGUGAAAGCCUCAUUUGAAGGUAAGUAAUCUUUCAAAAGUUUAAAUGACAUGAUUUCAAGUGGCAACUGACAAAGAUUGUCACAUUUUCUUCAAGGAUGCAUGUUGCAUUUUCUUAAGUUCACUCUUCUAUUGCAAGGUUCCCGAAUUUUGUAUACUAUUUACUGCAUACAAUAAGUGUAGAGGCUAGACAGGAACUAAUAUUUAGCUUCAAUUUGAAAUAACAAUGAUAGUUGAAAUGGUUCACAACAUAUGGAAGUGCAGAGAAGCCUCUGGAAUUUGUUGAAGGCUUAUGGACUAGAUGAGUGAUCGGUAUUAGAAUCUUCUUGAAUGUGUUUAAUUAAUUCAUCCAUAGCUAACGCCAAUAGAUAAGGAUGCAAAGUUGACCCUUGAUGCAACAUCCUGUAGUGAUUGGAAAUUAGCAAAUAGCCCAGGGGUUCUGAAUAAGCUGAAAUUAGCAACUUCAAUUAUGGAAAUCAUUGAAACCUUUUAGCUACCCUGCAUUUGGUUUGUGCAAUUCUGUUAACCAAUGAUGUUCAUGGUCGUUCUGGUUGCUUAGUUUCCACAUUUCUCAUGUACAUUAGAAGCAUAACUGUGGUGCAAAGCUGUCAUAUAAUUACUGAAAUGUUCCACAUUGUGAGCUGUGGGCUUAUAAUUUGAGGUUAUCAGAUCUAGGUUAUUAUUUGUAUUCUAUUGGAAGCUAUUAUUUGUUUUCUAUUGGAAUGGGCAUGUGGCAUGGCUGGUGCUGGACAUUUUUACCUUUUGACAUUACCUUAAGCUGUAUAAAUAAGCUCACAUUCUGUUGUCUUUUUCAUUGUCUGUUUUUAGUCGGUUGAGAUAGGGGAUCUAAAACCUGUGUAAGAUCUGCAGAAGUAGCCAACAAGCAGCAUCCGGAAUGAGUGAAGAAAAUAGCUAAGCUGGAAGCAGAGUGCCAAAGAUUGCAUGGUCUUGUGCGGAAGAAGUUGUCAAGUCCUGCAGCACUGGCUCAAAUGAAGUUACAAGUAGAGAAUUUGGGCUGGGAUUACGGUGAAACUCGAGUAAGGAGGUCUCUUCUAAAGCCUCCUAGUCCACACCCACCCCAAUUGCCUUUCUUUUCCCUUGAUAGUGUACCAAAAUUCUACAAAGAGAAUGAUUUUCUCACAGAACGUCUUUUGGCAAUGUAAAAAGAAACAAAGAUGUUGAAAAAAGCUUUGGCAAUGUGUACUAGUGAAUUGCAAGCUUCCAGGAA